AUGUGGGAAGGAGAGAUGGGGAUGGUAGGGAGUACCAUGAGCUACAAUGAGGUGGUUGGGGUCAUUGAGAAGGUAACGGGAAGGAAGAUAUUGGUGAAGGAAAGCAACAAGGAAAAGUUGAAGGAGAUGAUCAGGGAGGAUGAAGGAGCGAGGUUCUACAACCAGGCGUGGCUGAGCAUUGCUCAGUGUGAUGCAAAAGUGGAACCGACUUUGAAUAAGCUCGCCCCGGACGUGAAACCCUGGACAGUUGAGGAGUACCUGGAAAAGCAUUGGAGCGGCGUGGAGAUUGGAGAAGCUGUUGAGGCGAAGGGCAACAUCCUCACGUAA